AAUCGAGAACGCUAUAAUACGCUUCUCCAGCAGAUUUCCUACCAGCAAUCAGCCCCACAGAUCCCGUUGAACUUGUCUGCGGACGAGCUUACUUUGUGGAAUGUGCCACAUCAAAUGAGUAUGCCCUAUUUAUCGGGUCAUCAAGCGUCUGGUAGCACUAAAAGCGAGAUCACUACCCAGAAGACCAACCGCCCAGCUGAGGUUGGUGUUCAUACGGGCUACGAGGGCGAUACAGACGAGGCAGAGGCCGAAGUAAAAGACUCACAUGUCGAUUUCCAGGGGCUUAUUUUCAACAGCACUCCUGUGUUGUCCAGCCUCAGCCUCAGUUGCCUUGGUCAGAGAUCAGGUCCUCAACAAGAAUUGUCUCUGAGGAAGCAGCAAUCGCUCCGACGUCUGCGACGCAGAAAGCCAAGCGGGGCAACUUUGGUUGAGCCCAUGGGCCCUCCGGCCUUGCUGCCUUCGUGGACAGCCAAUUUCCAGUGCGAGGUAUGUGGAACCGUUAGCACGGUGAGUCUGGAACAGCUCGCACAGUCCGCAUCAGCACAAAGCCUGAAUGGCUACAACGCUUUGCAUCGUCGAAGACAACAACCACGUCUGCCGUCUGCUGUGCAGCCAACCUUCUCGUCUGCACUGCGGCCUGAAACUAUGGCAUCCUCACACGCUCCGAUCACCAUGCCAAGCGGCAACCUCGCCUUUCCGCCAUUGUUCAUGUCCUCUGAUACGCUGACUCAAGAACAGACGAACCAGACUGGAUCGGCCUAUCCUGAACUCCGUACGAAGGGCUUCUUGACAAAGGAGCAAAUUAUGCAGAAAAUCGGAAUUAAGGCUCUGUACAACGCAGCUCAAGGUCUAUUUCAACCUUCAGCAGCAAAGUAA